AUGGCCAAUUCCUCUUCUAUUUUUCUCUUCGCCUUUUACAUGUUCACGGCAACUCUUAUCAUCUCCACUUGGACCGUCCAUGCAGGCGGCGAUCAUGGGUUGAGCUGGGUUCCGAGCAGAACCCGCUGCCAGGGUUCGAUUGCGGAGUGCAUGGCUGAUGAUGAAUUUGACAUGGACUCUGAGAUCAACAGGCGGAUACUGGCCACCUCACAAUACAUCAGCUAUGGAGCUCUGCAGAGGAACACUGUGCCAUGCUCUCGUAGAGGUGCGUCCUACUACAACUGCAAGCCAGGUGCAGAGAGUAACCCCUACAACCGUGGAUGCAGUGCUAUUGCUCGUUGCCGUAGCUGA